AUGAGUGGUGCAGCGCUGGGCCUUGAGAUAGUAUUUGUCUUUUUUCUGGCCUUAUUUCUACUUCAUCGGUAUGGAGACUUCAAGAAACAGCAUAGGCUGGUGAUCAUAGCAACGUUAUUGGCUUGGUAUCUCUGCUUUCUUAUUGUAUUUAUACUGCCUCUGGAUGUCAGUACGACUAUUUAUAAUCGGUGCAAACUUGCUGUUAACUCCAGCCCUGCAGAAAGUAAUGGCUCUUACGUUACUCUUGCUCCAAGCAAGCAAAAAUGUUUCAAACCAUGGAGUUAUAUUCCUAGUGGAAUUAUGCCAAUUUUCUGGCGUGUUGUAUACUGGACAUCACAGUUUUUAACAUGGAUUCUGCUACCUUUCAUGCAGUCAUAUGCUAGAUCAGGAGGGUUCUCCAUUACUGGGAAGAUUAAAACUGCAUUGAUUGAGAAUGCAAUCUAUUAUGGCACUUACUUGCUGAUUUUUGGAGCAUUUUUAAUAUAUGUGGCUGUAAACCCAAACUUCAAUUUACAAUGGAACCAACUUCAGACUAUUGGGAUAGCUGCAGCGAACACAUGGGGUCUCUUUCUUCUUGUGUUGCUUUUGGGUUAUGGUUUGGUGGAGAUUCCCCGUUCUCACUGGAAUGGCGCAAAGAGGGGUUAUCUACUCAUGAAGACCUAUUUCAAAGCUGCCAAACUGAUGACUGAAAAAGUAGAUGCAGAGGAGAAUUUAGAGGAUAUUAUGGAGGAAGUCCGUAAAGUAAGUGAGAGUAUCAAGUAUAACCACCCUUUGAGAAGAUGUGUUGACACGAUACUGAAAAAGUGUCCUACUGAGUACCAGGAAAGAAUGGGUAGGAACAUGGAUGACUAUGAAGAUUUUGAUGAAAGACAGAACAAUUAUCCCAGUGAAAAAAGUUUGGUCAAACUUCAUAAGCAGGUUAUCUAUUCAGUACAGAGGCAUCGUCGUACACAGGUCCAGUGGCAAAUUCUUCUAGAACAAGCAUUUUACCUAGAAGAUGUGGCAAAAAAUGAAACCAGUGCAACUCGACAGUUUGUUCAUACCUUUCAUUCCCAGGAGCCAGAGAAUAAAAUUAUUCAGUAUUUCUACACACCAACUGUUGAGUGGUACUGGGAAUGUCUUCUACGACCAUGGUUUUACAGGGUGCUUGCAGUUGUUCUGGCCAUGUUCUCUGUAAUUGUUGUGUGGUCAGAGUGCACAUUUUUCAGCACAAACCCAGUUUUAUCGCUAUUUGCAGUUUUCAUACAGCUGGCAGAAAAGACAUAUAAUUAUAUAUACAUAGAGAUGGCCUGUUUUCUUACCAUCUUUUUCCUAAGCAUCUGUGUUUACUCUACUGUCUUCAGGAUCCGUGUAUUUAACUAUUAUUACUUAGCUUCACAUCAUCAGACAGAUGCAUACAGUCUCCUUUUCAGUGGCAUGUUAUUUUGCCGUCUUACUCCACCAUUAUGCUUGAACUUUCUGGGCUUGACCCAUAUGGAUGCAACAAUCUCUCACAAAAACACUCAGCCAACUGCUUAUACAUCUAUAAUGGGAUCCAUGAGAGUGCUGUCCUUCAUUGCAGAUGGAUUCUAUAUAUAUUACCCAAUGCUUGUUGUAAUUCUCUGUAUUGCCACAUACUUUAGUUUAGGAACUCGUUGUUUGAAUCUUUUGGGAUUCCAGCAGUUCAUGGGGGAUAGCGAAAUGACCUCUGAUUUGAUUGAUGAAGGAAAAGAGCUAAUCAGAAGAGAGAAAAGAAAACGACAAAGGCAGGAAGAAGGUGAAAACAGAAGACGGGAAUGGAAGGAACGGUAUGGAAAUAGAGACGAUUCCACUAGAAACAGAGUUGUCCACACAGACCAAAAAGAAUCCAGCUUCUCAGAGACCAGUACCAAUAGACCACUAUCAAAGUAUACCCGAUCAAAUGGUAGGACCGAAAGAGAUAGAAUAGAACUCCUCCAGGAUGCAGAACCUUUGGAUUUUAACGCAGACUCAGUUAAUGAUGACCCUCUUGAAUCGGACUCGGGAAGGUACCAGCCUGGUGGAAGAUACCUGUCAAUGUCUCGAAGCAAAAUAUUUGAUGAUGUCUAA